AAUUCCUUUUUCUGAGGCUGCUGCUCACGAAACCCUUGCAUUGGAGAUUUUGGACGUUAUCGAGGCUUUUACUACAAUCUGGGCUCAUUUUAAGAUUUUCAAAACUUGAAAGGAUAGCUUAGUCAUUGGAUACAUUAUGUAUUCGAGUCUGGCUUUAUCUUCCAACCCGUCCCCUUACGCACACGAUUCCGGGAACUACAUCCAUCCGUCCGCCAGCUCACCUGUAUAUGUGCCCACCACCCGUGUACCUGCCAUGCUCCAGACCCUGCCCUACCUACAGACGUGUGAGUCCACGCAUCAAGCCCACGGGCUCGGCAGUCACCACGCCUGGCCACAGACUGGCACGGAGAAUUCCUCUUUCAACCCGGGCAGCCCUCAUCCUCCUCCCGGUUUCUCUUAUUCGCACAGCCCGCCGGUAAGCAGCAGCACCGGCAGGGACGCCGCGUACCAGAAUCCGCUGGUGUUGGGUAACAGCGGCCGGGCAGAUCAAUAUGGAAGUGCCCUGGUGCGCUCCGUCGGUGGCUCGUACUCCAGUCCGUACGCGGCCUACAUGAGCCCAGAGAUGGCAACCUCAUGGACGCCAGGGCCCUUCGAUGGCGGCAUGAUGAGUCUUCAGGGACGCCAGGGAACUCUACCGGGAAGGAGGUCCAGUUUAGACAUGCUGGAAGAGCUGCCGGGUGAAGGGCGUGAGUGUGUGAACUGUGGCUCCAUCUCAACGCCGCUGUGGAGGAGAGACGGGACCGGACAUUACCUGUGCAAUGCGUGCGGCCUUUACCACAAGAUAAACGGCAUCAAUCGACCUCUAAUCAAACCACAGAAACGCCUGCAAAGCACGUCACGACGAGCAGGUCUGUGUUGCACUAACUGUCAUACCAGUACGACCACGCUGUGGAGGAGAAAUGCAGAGGGAGAGCCCGUCUGCAACGCCUGCGGACUGUACAUGAAGCUCCACGGGAUACCAAGGCCAUUAGCAAUGAAGAAAGAAAGCAUUCAGACGAGAAAACGCAAACCAAAGAUGCCCAAAACCAAAGCAUCCUCAGGGUCAACAGUGUCUGGCGCUGCAUCUCCCACUUCAUUGCCUGCAUCAGAGAACGCCUCUAAAAUAAAGAGUGAACCCAAUAUCGCAGCUUCACCGUAUGCAGGCCAAACUGUUGUCUCAGUCACACAA